AACAGCAAAACGGAACGUUCCUUUGAAAACUCGACAUUGAUGUGCUACACAUGUUUAUAGAAAAAUAUUAAAAUAAAUACACAAAAUGUCGGUUGUUAAGAAGAAAAAGCGUGUUUCUAAAAAAAAUAAGAAGGCGUGGGGAAAAUACUGUGAUAUUCGCGAUGUAGAGGAGUUUCUUGAAGACCAGAGAUUAGAAGAACGUUUGGGUAAGUUUGAGACCAAGCCCGACAGUGAGUUGUUCGUGGUCGAUACAGCCGGGGACAAUAAAGAUGAGGCUGAGGACAAGAAGCCACCAGUAUCCCACAAACUACAGAAGAGAGCUAAACUUAAAGAAGUGCCGAAAUGCUUCGAAGUACUGCUGCCUACUUCUAAGGUUCAAGAUCCAAAUGCAAAACGUAACCAUGUAAACCCAAUAGGCUCCAAGCCAUCAGCAUUGAGCAAGCUGAGAGAAAAACGUCUCGCCAAGAAGGGAGUGUUUGAGAAGAAACUAGCUGAAGCUAAGAAAAAUAGGAAGUUAGCUAUAGAUAAGAAGAGGAAAGCUAAGCAAGUUAGACAGAACUUCAACUUGGAUUUAUGGGGAAAGGAUUUACCAGAAUCUAAGGGUAUACCAGAAACGUUAGUAGACGAGUUCAUCUCGCCAGAAGCACAGUUACACAAUGUGUUACCCACACAGAGGCUCAGGCCUAAGCCGCCACUCGCUAAGACGGUGGUCACCAGGGCUGCCGUGGAGACUCCACAUCCGGGAGUCAGUUAUAACCCGUCAUACCAGGAGCAUCAAGACCUCCUCCAACAAGUGGGCCAGCAUGAGCAGAAGAUGAUGAAGCGAGAGGCUCACCUCAACAGAGUCACCACAGGCAUGUUCCGGAAGGUUACUCAGCAGCAGAAGGAGAACCAAUGGCUGGAAGAGAUGAGCUCCGGUUUACCCCAGCCCCACAACCCUGCAGAAGACUCAGAUCCACCAUCAGACAAUGAGUACAAAGCCAUCAACCCGCCCGUGAAGAACAAGAAGAAAGACCACAAGGCGAGGAGGAAGCAGAAAGAGAGAUUAGAAGAGAAGGAACACCUGAAACGAGAGAAGAUUGAUAAGAAGAAGAUCACUGAUCUUUAUAAGCUCCGCAAACUCCAGUCUUCCAUCAAGACCCGUGAACAGCAACAGGUAGAGGAGCGAGCUAAGCGUGCGGAGAAGCGAGCCGUCGCCGACGCCACCGCGCUGCCCACGCUCAGUGCACACAAGACGCCGGUGAAGGAACCUGACUUCGUAGACCCGAAGGAGUUGAGUGGAGAUCUGAGGAAUAUUAAGUCUACUACGAACCUCCUCCGCGACCGUUUCGAGUCUCUCCAGCGUCGCGGCGCCCUCGCAGCCUCCAAGGUCAUGAUGAAGAAGAAACGCAAGCUCAAGAGUUACUUCAAGCCAGGACAUAAGGUCACUGACAAAGACAUAGAGAAAUAUGUCACCAGGAGUGCGGGCAAAAAGUGAUCUUAAACUGUACGGUGUAAGGUACAGUUUGUAUUGUAUUGUAAAGUGUAAUGUGCGUUAGUACGUUAAUAAAGAGUGGUGAAGCGUCAA